AAGUCUUUGUUGAGGACUGGCCCCCAGUUAAAAAGACCGCAUCGGAACAAAGAAGUCAAGUUUUAUUGCCAGUGCCGGGUUAUAAAAAUGCUGUUUAGCUAGAGAGAGAGAGAACUUUAACAAAGGGAAGAGCGCAAGAUGUGUGCCGCCUUGGCAAAGCCUGUACUUUAUAGUUAUUUUAGAAGUUCCUGCUCCUGGAGAGUGCGGAUUGCACUGGCUUUGAAGGAAAUUGCCUAUGAUCAAGCACCAGUGAAUCUUGUGAAGGAUGGAGGGCAGCAGCGGUCAUCUGAAUUCCAGUCUGUGAAUCCAAUGCAACAAGUCCCAGCCCUCAAAAUUGAUGGCAUCACCCUCUCUCAAUCACUGGCCAUAAUGGAGUAUCUGGAAGAGACACGGCCAAACCCUAGAAUCCUGCCUCAGGAUCCUAAGAAGAGAGCUGAGGUCCGGAUGAUCUCUGAUCUCAUUGCUUCUGGAAUUCAGCCAUUACAGAACCUGGCUGUCCUGCAGCAAAUGGGAGAAAAGAAGCUGGAAUGGGCUCAGCACUGUAUCUCUCGUGGCUUCAAAGCUUUGGAGCAGAUCCUGCAGGAAACAGCUGGGCGCUACUGCGUUGGGGAUGAGGUGUCUAUGGCGGACCUGUGCUUGGCCCCUCAGGUGUACAAUGCUGAGAGAUACAAAGUUGAUCUUGCUCCAUACCCCACAAUAAUAAGAAUCAACAAAGCUCUUCUGGAGUUAAAGGAAUUUCAAACAAGUCAUCCAUCGCAGCAGCCAGAUACUCCUCCAGAACUAAGAGCCUAGAAGCUGAUUUGGUUUUGUACUGCCAGGGCUGUAGACUUCACCAGCUCACAUCUAUGUGGGAAACCCCAUUUGGGGGCAGAUUUAGCAAAGAACAAAGCUCUGGAGCUUUCCUGCCAGCUAUUGGAAAGUCAGAGGAGAAGAGAAGAGACCCUACUGUACUAGCGCAAUAAUGCAAAUACGCCUGCUCCGGAGCAUCGUUUGACAACUGUAUGUGCCACCCUGAAGCUGAUUAAAGAGCCUCUGAGUGUUCUGCCUGA